ACGACGUCAACGUUGAGUCGCUGAUGCAGAUGUCAACUAUUUGCGCGAUAGCUGAUUUGAUAUUCAUAGCGAAAUUACUCACAAUUUAGACACAUACCUCGCUAUCUAGGUAGUGCACCACAUAUUCCGUUUUCCGAUCUAUGGAGUUUUUGCAGUUUCUAUCAUGGGCGUGCAUCGUAUUUACAGUCGGGAUGUUCUCGACUGGACUGACGGACCUAAAGAAGAUGAGAGCUUCCAAAAGUGCAGAUAACGUCCAGUUCCUCCCCUUCCUCACCACAUGCCUCAAUAACCUGGGCUGGCUGUAUUAUGGGAUACUGAAGACGGAUGGGACUCUGGUCCUGGUUAACACCAUAGGAGCCUGUCUACAGUCCCUCUACAUCCUCUCCUACUGCCACUACACCAAUGACAAGAGGCGAGUGACCUCUCAGACGUUACUAGCAGGAGGAGUGGUCUGUGGAGGCUGGCUGUACUUCAGUGUUCUCCUGCCUCAGGGAGAGUCUCAGCUGGCCCAGCUAGGUCUCACCUGCAGCCUGUUCACUAUCAGCAUGUACCUGAGUCCGCUCGCUGACCUGAUGGAGAUAGUGCGUACUGGUAGUGUGGAGCGUUUGUCCUUCUCUCUGACUGUAGCUACCUUCCUCACCUCAACAUCCUGGACGCUCUAUGGACUACAGCUGCAAGACUACUAUAUCAUGAUCCUCUCAAGCGCUGUCAGGUUGGAUGGAGAAUGUCGCUGCACAGCUAUUUCCAGGUUCCAAACACGCCAGGCAUUGUGACCAGUCUCAUCCGGUUCUUCCUGUUCUGGAGAUUUGCAUCUGUCAAUCAAGGCGUGCCAUCCUAUAAGCUCAUUGAAAUCUAAGUGGCUGGAGACUCGCACACCAAUGGUUACAAGGGAGAGAUAACAGGCUUCUUGACCCUAUCAUGGUCAGGCUGUCAAUCACUGAUAUUGUUACUCAUAUUGUAAAUGAUUCAUGAUCACUCCUACCCACCAAGGGUUUAAGAAGACUUUCUCCUCUCAAGGCAGAAGCUGUCCCUAAUCACAGAUCUAGGAUCAGAGUACCCUAGCAAUGGGGGAUGAACAAUUAUGAAUAAAUAUCUGACCCUGUAUCAGUGGUUAGGGGCAUCUUCCUCAUCUUUCUCCCUCCACCACUUCCUUUUAGUGCCUUCUGUCCUAGUCUGAGACAUCAUUAGUGCCACCUGAGAACUCAACCAUGGGCGGGACAGUCCUGCCCUGUCAUUCACAGUAGUCUCUGUUACCCAGUGGGAGGUUUUUUGCUCAGCAUCAAUGCGCUGCUAUUGGUUGAAUCGCUCUAACUAACAGGGCAGGAUGAUCCCACCUCUAGUGGGGUUUGAGACCCCCUCACCUUUAUAGUUGACUGUCCUCAUCACUAUGGUACCCUGUGAACUAGGGGUGAACAACUGUUCCUGGUAGCCACAGUAUCUGCUGGGUUGUUAUCCUUCUCUUUUAACUAGACUGAUGUACAGUGCAUUUGGAAAGUUUUCAGACCCCUUGAGUUUUUCCACAUUUUGUUACGUUACAGCCUUACACUAAAAUGUAUUAAAUUGUUUAUUUUCC